ACAUGCCCACCCUCUGCAGCGCUCCUGGGCGCUGACAGGACGACCGCUCAGCGCGACAAAACAACGGUUAAAAGUAACACAAAACUCACUUUUCCGUGUGCACAGUAUUUCAGAUGCUGUUGUACUUUUUAUUGAAAGCGAGCGCAGGUGGUUUCGGGUGAUAGAAAGUGAUCAAAACGACGUAAGAAAAGUCGGCUACCAUUUCACCGCUUCCCCGGGGUCAGUAACCUGUGAGCGAACCCACUGGAUUACUGGAAAAGGAGACAGGUUUUUAUCGUCCUGAAAAGACUUCGAUUGCCUUUUCACCCAAGUGGAUUAAAAAAAAAAUACUUGCUUUGUUUUGAAGAAGACGACCAGGCUACCUACCUCAAGAGCAAGCGUCGGUGCCAAAAGAACGAAGGAAGGACAAGGGCAUCAUCUUCAGUGGGCGUCUGCCUUUUAUUACACACGGAUGUAUGCUGAAAAAGUUGGGAAAGAGAGCAAGAUGGCAGCAGCAUGCCGGCAGCAGCAUUCAGGGAGUAGGGGGAUUGCUCUCACCUGUGUAUUAACCCCUUGCCGGGUGAUGGGUGUGUGCGUGAUGCUGAUGACUUUGGCAGCCAUUGGAGCAGCAGUCUGGGCCGUAGUUACAUAUUGCACUCUGGAAGAAGACACAGGAUACUACGAUGUCCAAGUUAAUUCUGCUGACCAACAUCUCAGAGUGUAUGACUCCGCCCAGAAGAGGUGGCGCCAAGUGUGUUCCUCCUCAGCCAAUGAGCUCCUGGCUAGCAUCAGCUGUGAGGAAGUGGGCUUUGUCAGUGUGGUGAACUACUCAAUCACAUCUGUGCCGGAUGCCGGUGGCGAAGGUGGCGAGUUCUUCUGCGUCAGGACCGAAGAGCUGAGCUAUGGCAAGAAAAUCAGAGACUCUUUGUUCCCAUGCGACUGUGAGAGCAAGGAGGUUCUCACAUUGUUGUGCCAAGACUGUGGCAGGCGUAGUUUUGCAGCAGACCGAAUAGUUGGUGGUGUGGACGCGAGGCAAGGCAGCUGGCCGUGGCAGGUCAGCUUGCAGUACGAUGGAGGUCAUCAGUGUGGAGGUUCCAUCAUCUCAGACCGCUGGAUUGUCUCCGCAGCUCACUGCUUCCCCGCACGUUAUCGCUUCAUUAGUCGCUGGCGUGUGCUGUUGGGCUCCAUCUACAACAAACCAGGCAAUGCCAACGUGGCAGAAGUGAAAACUAUCGUUUAUCACAGCAGCUACUUGCCCUUUGUGGACGCUAACAUUGACGACAACAGCAGGGACAUCGCUGUACUGGCCCUUGCUCAGCCGCUCACCUUCAAUGAAUACAUCCAACCCCUUUGCCUGCCAGCGUAUGGCCAAAGACUGAUCGACGGCCAGAUGGGCACUGUAACAGGCUGGGGGAACGUUGAAUAUUUUGGUAAUCGAGCGAACGUUCUGCAGGAGGUGAACGUCCCCAUCAUCAGUGAUGCUGUUUGUAACGCUCCUGAUUACUACGACAACCAAAUCACCACCAGCAUGUUCUGUGCUGGCUAUGUGAAGGGAAACAUGGACUCUUGCCAGGGAGACAGCGGCGGCCCCUUUGUGGCAGAGGAUUGCUUGUCAAAGUCCAGUCGUUACCGUUUGCUGGGAGUUGUGAGCUGGGGAACAGGAUGUGCGAUGGCUAAGAAGCCUGGAGUUUACACCAGGGUGUCCCGAUUUCUGCCUUGGAUAUCUACAGCCAUGAGGAACUACAACAAUUCUCCAGGAGUUCAUAAAAUGGCUCGGACAUGACUGUUCUGCACUUGUGUUUUACGCUUGCUACUCUCACUUAAGAGUGUUUGCCAUCCCUGAAGGUGUGAAUGAGGAACGUACGAAUGUUCCUGGAGUCUCCACCUUACCAUGGUUUCUCAUUUCUUCUUCUGCCCUUUCACAUGUACCGUUUUACAGCAUUCUGAAUUUGUGACUUACAAAAGCCAGCAAGAAUACUUAGAAAUAAUGUAAAUAUGAAUCAUUUAAAGGUGAUCACAUCAAGAUUAGUUUGUUUUAUUGACAAAGUCUACAGUUGAACCAUUCAAGACUAACAUUCCUCUGCUGUAAAGCAGUAAACCAACAAUGUCUUUCAGUCCUCUCAGUUAGUGAUGUAAACUCAAAAAUCAACCUAUACCAACAUUAUCAACAUUUGCAUUUGAUAACAAGGGACAUUUUCCUAAAAAUAUGGGGAAAUAUGGGAAAUCCCCUCCUGACCCUGACCCUGACACAAGAAAAAUUCCCGAUUGGCCACUGCCAAUGCAGAUAGCAUCACCAUCGUGACCUGUUGUACCAGAGGUGAUGUUUUUUUUUUUUUUUUUUUUUUUGGAUGAAAAUUAAAAUACGGGAAAUUUAUCGGAAACUGUUUAAACGGGAGGGGGUUGGGAUAGAAGGACAACAUACGGAAGUUUCCCAGUGAAAACAGGAGGGUUUACAGGUAUGAAUAACAUCAAUUUGCGAAGGACCUUUGGAAAACUUCCAGUAAAAAGUUGAUCAUGUAAAACAAAAGCCAUACAUUCUUCACACCAUGAACGUUCCUGGAAUGAUGGACGUGGUUCAUGGGUUAGGAUUAUUUGUGGAAGUCGUGGAUGUGCGAUCUGUUCUAAAGAUGCACAUUGAAGAGACACAAAGGUGAUGUAAACGCUGUUAACCCUCCUGCUUAAUUUUGUCACGUGUUGGAGGUGUCAAAUCCCGAAUCUUUGCCUGCCAAAAACUGUAGGGGUUCUGUUCUGUAGAUUGAAAAGGCUUUUCCUCAGACUUUAUAAGCCGGAGCUUUUACUUUCCUUUUGUAAAUGUAAAUAUGAUAGCCUGGUCAUUAUAACUCGGGGAAAAAUUCAACUUGUCGCAAAUGUACCAUGUGUAUUGUGUUAAGCAAAGGCUCAGAACAUGCUUGUUAAUUUUGGAACAAAGAUUUCCCUUCAUGAGUCAUGUAGUACACAUUAUAGGCUCUAGUUUCUCUCCUGUCUUGACUCUAAUGCAACACAUUUGACACAAAGUGAACCUGUUGACUGAGGAUGAACUGGUCAAGGUGAUGCUCAGUAUUUUGUUGUUUUGUAAAUAGUAGCUGAUGUCAUGUGUAUGUAGCACGUUUCUAUCCAUUGUUUCAUGGAUGAUCUGCAGAUCUGUAUGUGCAAUAAAUCAUGUUCUCAAAAAAGGUGAU